AUGACUCCUCUGAACGACACCGGGACGCGGAUGCACGCAGAUACCUCGCUGUUUCCCGUCGGCACGUACAAAGUUCUAGCCAUUUCCAUCGGGAUCAUUGGCGUGUUGGGUUUCUGCAACAAUCUGCUCGUCCUCGCACUUUACUACAGGUUUAAGAGGCUGCGGACGCCCACUAACUUACUGCUAGUGAACAUCAGUGUCAGUGACCUGCUGGUGUCGGUGUUCGGGACCAAUUUCACCUUGGUCUCGUGCCUGGAGCACACAUGGGUUUGGGACACCACCACGUGUGUGUGGGACGGAUUCAGCAACAGUCUGUUCGGUAUCGUGUCCAUCAUGACGCUAUGUGCUCUGGCAUAUGAACGCUACAUUCGAGUGGUACAUGCCAAGGUCGUAGACUUCCCCUGGGCCUGGAAAGCCAUCAUGCAUAUCUGGCUGUACUCACUCGCAUGGACUGUUGCUCCUCUCCUGGGCUGGAAUAGGUACACCCUGGAGAUCCACCAACUGGGCUGCUCUUUGGACUGGGCCUCUGAAGACCCCAAUGAUGCCUCCUUCAUCCUGUUCUUCCUCCUUGCCUGCUUCUUUGUUCCUGUGGGGAUCAUGGCUUACUGCUAUGGAAACAUCUUGUACACAGUGCAUAUGUUGCGUUCCAUUGAGGAUCUUCAAACAGUCCACAUCAUUAAGGUCCUACGCUAUGAGAAGAAGUUGGCUGCUAUGUUCCUGAUGAUGAUUUUCUGUUAUCUGGUGUGCUGGACACCCCAUGUCGUGGUCUCAAUGUUGGUAGCUUUUGGCAAUCAGAAUGCCGUCUCGCCCACUGUUGCCAUCGUUCCCUCAUUCUUCGCCAAGUCCAGCACAGCUUAUAACCCAAUUAUAUAUGGCUUCAUGAGCAGGAAGUUUCGGCGCUGCUUGCUGCAAUUGCUGUGCUUCCGCUUGGCCCAUCUGAAGUGCAGCAUUAAGGAUCACCCCCUGACCUGCUCCAGCCAACCAGUACGCCCCAUAGUGAUGUCCCAGAGCCGUGAUGACAGGCCUAAGAAAAGGGUGACAUUCAACUCCUCUUCCAUUGUUUUCUUCAUUGCCAGCAAUGAAACAGACCCACCGGACAUUAGCUACAAAUAUAGGGAGGCAUCAGAGACCAAUGUGAUUCAAGUUCGACCCCUUUGA